AUGGAAAAUGUAUUGCACAUAGAGAAGAUAUCUCCCAGGAUUAUUAUUGCUGACUUUAAAGGCAACCCAACCUCAACAGUCAUAUCUUGCUAUAGUCCCCACAACAGUAGCAGUGAAGACGAACUGAAUGAUUUUUACAGCACUUUGCGUUCUUCCUUGGAGCAAGUUCUUGCUCACAACUUUCUCUUAGUCGCAGGGGACGUCAACGCUAAACUUGGAGCAGAUGAUGCGAAAUUUACCUUUCACUUAGACACCAAUCGCAACGGAGAGCAUCUGGUAGACCUAGCUGAAGAAUUUAGUCUCUUCGCAACUAACACUAGAUUUAAUAAAAAUAAGAACAAUUUAUGGACCUUCGAGUAUCCAAAUGGCAGCAGAGCCCAACUAGACUUUAUUAUGGUCCGUAAAAGUGACGUAACAGUGUCAAAGACUGCAGAGCUUACAACAAAGGAGAAAUAG